AUGACUGCGCGCGCGCGCCCGCCCGCUCCGAAGAUGGGCUUACGGCCGGAGUCGCCCUCGCCAGACACGGCGCCGGCGGCCCAGGCGACCAAACGUUCGCGCAUGGAGCCAGAAGCGCCCGCACGCGGGGCUGCUGGCUCGAGGCGGGCGCGAGGGCUGGCCACUACGCCUCAGCCCUGCGGCGGGAGCUGGCCUGGCCGCGGGCGCUCCAGAAGGCCGAGGAGGAGCACCCCGCCGCGGGCGUGGCGGUCGCCGACGAGGGGGCCCGCGGCCACGAGCCAGAGCCCGAGCGGCCAGCUGCCAGGCGGCGCCCGCCGCCCGCGGCCGGCGGCGCCGGCCUGGCGCGGUGGCGGUGGGAGCCCCAGGUCGCGCUCGAGGACGCCACCGAGCCCCCGCAGCGGCAGGCAGUCUCCACCCCCGCAGCGGCACAGAGAUGGGCACAGGGGGCAAGGGUCCGACGCUGCAUCGGGGCAGGCUGCGGAAGAGCCCCCAGUGUCACGGCAGCCUCGGCGGGGCAGCGGCCAGAGGUCUGGAGGUAUUGCGGGGCCUGCACAGGAACUUCCCUCUGACGGUGCGGCGAGACCGCCAGCGCGGGAAGAGCUCCCAUUGUCGCGUAGCGGCCAAGCGUCCGACGGCGUGGCGGAGUUGGUGAUCGACCCCCCUGGCCAGCCCACGUCAAUGGGCAAGACCGCCGGUGGUGGUGUGUGCGAGGCCACUGGCAGCCCCGCUGGUGUCGACAGAGAAUUCUGGGACCUGCUGAGGGAGCGAUUAUUCGGAGACCCCGCCGCGCCGCGCAAACUGCCGCCGUACGCUGAGGCCCGUAAGCUGCUCCGCUCCGACCCGCGCUGGAGAGCGGUGGGGUCACAGGAGUCUCGUCAACGCUUGUACGCCACUGCUUCCUUGGAAGCUGCAGAGCGAUGGAGCGCAGUCAAACAGGAACCAGGUGGUGAAGACGCACAGCAGGCCGCUACGAAGGCAGCAGAGGAUUGUGCCACCGCAGAAGCGCGGCCGGCCAGACAAGAGAAGGUUCCUUUGCAGGCAAGGCACAUUGCGUCCAGCGCUUCUUCCGAGCAGCCCCUCUCGAGUACCAGGGCCGCUAGCAAGGGAGCCGAAGGCGGCGCGACCCUGCAAGCAAGGCGCGCGGCGCCAGGCGCUCCUUCCGACCAGCCUGCCGCCAGCGCCAGCAAAACAGCCGAAGGCGACAUGACCCUUCAGGCAAUUCGAGCGGUGCCUGACGCUUCCUCCGAGCCACCCACCGCGAGCUCCAGGCCCGCCGACGAAGGGACCGAGGGCAAGUCGAUCGACGCAGCGCAGCUGGCGAAAGAGCAGCGCGCACGGUGGCAGGCAGGGCCUACAGCGCCAGGAAUUCCGUCCGAGGCGCAGGAACACCUUCGGACCGUUGGGACUGUCGCCAAGAGUGGUGAGGGAGGCGCAGUAGAACCCGCGCGGCGGGGGCGACGGCAGGGGACGCUUCAGCAGGCAGGGCACACGGCGCUCGGCAGUGCCGCUGAGACACACAAGCGCACGGCCAGCGUCGAGGCUGCAGUCGAGGAGGCCGACAACGGCGCGGCCGACAUAGCACGUCCGCAGAGGCAUUCAAAAGCAUCCCGGUCGGCUCUGCCAUCGGCGCUUUGCACUACAUCGGAGGCACAGGCGAAUUUUGCGAGCAGUGAGCUUGUCGACGAAACGGUUGGCGAUGACAUUGUCGAAGUGGCGCGGCCGAGUGGGCAGCGUGAGGCACUUGAGCGUUCGCUCGGUGCUUCGAAGGCGUGGAGGCGCACGAAUGUUGAUACUGUGGAAGCUGGCGCAGCUGAAGUGGCGCGGCCUGAGGCGCAGACGCGCGACGGAAACGCAGAGGCUCUCACCAAGAGUUGCGAGGGCGAUGCGACCAAAGCGACCCAGCCUGGAAAGCGGCAGGAGGCACCUCAGCGGUCACAACUUGCAUUGCUCAGAACGCCAUCAGAUGAACACGAGCGUUCCUUCGGUGCUAAAGUUGCCGUCAAGCAUACUGUGGGCUGCCUGACCGAAGCGGCGCGGCCGGGGAGGCUACAGGAGUCCCAGCAGCCGAUCCAGCACGCAGUGCUCGACAUAUCUUCCCAUGAAGAGAGCCGUGGCGCAAACGCUGGGAUCGUUGUCCAGGGCGCCGACGACUACGCUGCUAAAGCGACGCGGCGUCGGCUAGGGUGGUGGCAGCUGGCACCUCAGCAUUUGCAGCAUGCUGAUCCUAGCCAUUCGUCCGACAGGAAGGAGUGCAGUAUCAGCGUGGAGGCUGUCGUCGAGACGGUCGAAGCGGCGCAGCUGAGGAAGCAACAACUGGCACCUCAGCAGGCAAGGCAUCUGGCGCUCGGCGUGUCUGCCGAGGUACAGAAGCGCAGCAUGAGCGUUGAGGCCGUCGCUGGGAACGGCGAAGAAGAUGCGGCUGAAGCGGCGCAGACAAACAGGCGACAGGAGGCUCGGCGCGUGGCGCACGGCACUUGCUCGCCCGAGGCGCCGGCGGACCCGACGGGCUUUCGGCGUGCCACGCGCGCCAGCGGGCACGGACGAGCCCCAGGCGCUGUGCGCGGCGAGCUGGCGACGCAGAGAGCCCGGGCGGAGGGGCGCCGGCGAACACCCACGGAUGCCGGCGAAGCCGCAGGCGGUGUGGCUCCCGGGCUGGAGGGCUGCGCUCGCUCGAGCCGGCAGGACAAGGUUUGGCGAGAUACCACCCCGCCUCCAGGGAGGCACCUGCCGCUUCCGCUUCGGCGGCGGGGAAGCGCCAUCGAGAUCGACGACAGCGGCUCCGACCCUGGCUGCAGGGAGCUGCCACGGGCCAGCGGCGAGACCAGAGCCGGCGGCGAGGCCAUGUCCGAGGCGCUCGGCGCCGCCGCCGGGGCCUCGAGGAGGCGCUGUCGCGCGGCGGCGGCCCGAGGAGACGGCGGCGGUCUGGCCACCACCACCCACGCCCGGCGGGCCACCAGCGAGGCGCCAGCCGGCCCAGUGGCGGGGAAGGCGCCGGAUAGCCUCACAUCGUGGGGGAGGAUCGCAUCGUGGAUGCGGCAGAGGCGCGUGGCGCUGGCUGGGCAGGCGCAGCUCGCGGAGCCUCGAGCCAGGUCCGCGGCCAAACGCUGGCCCCAUGCAGGCGGUGAGGUCCGCCGAGGGUGGACAGGCGCGGCCAUGGCACAGGUGCUCGCGCCUGGAUUGGCUGUGGCUUGCCAGGCGUCCGUGGGCUCAGGCAUGGUGUGGCGCUGCUGGAACGGCGGUGCGCUGGCCUGGCUGAGGACCGAGCACGCUCAAUACGAUGGUUCGGAGGGCAACGCCGACCGCGAGGGAACCCAGAGUUGCGAUGCGGAGGCGAACCAUGCCUCAGGGCUGCGGGCUGCAGCGAGACCAGAGCCUCUGAGCCGAGGCGCCAGGCUGCUUCGCAUUCGCGCUUCGCCCAGGGCCGCGGGGCGCGAGUGGCUCGUCGCCGCGGCGCUCAUCCUCGCCCAGGAGCUGCGCUAUCUCCUGCCCGGGGAGGGGGCUCGCGCCCACCUCGCCGCGGGCUCCGAGGCCGGCUCGGAGGGGGGCGCGGAGGCGGAGGUCCUAGUCUUCAGGGGCACGAGCGCAUUUCGGCUUCCCAUGGCGCCGCAGGCAAGGUGGAAACGCGUUUCUGUCCGUCGCGCCAACCGCCCGACCGGCGCAUUGACGCCGCCGGUCACGAAGGGCUACGUGUCCUGGCGGCUCAGCAUGGCCAAUUUUUUAAGCCUUGUGGCGUCGCGAGGCGCGCGCUGCGGCUUCGAGGCCAACGUGGCGGGCGCCGCCCAGGACUCGGCGGAGGAUGACCCUAUGGGGGAUGUUGAGGUUGAACGGCUCGGCGUCCAGUUCUCCGUCCAGGCGAUCGUGAACACGCAGCAUCAGUUCAUCAAAGAUAAGAGCCGGUGGCUGGAGAGUCGGACGGUUCUGCAGGUUCGCGCCGAGCUGGCAAUCCUAGAUGGCAAUGGGCGCGGCGAGCUGCCGGGCGACCUCGUCGGGGUGGCGGCGGGCCUCCGCGCGAAGCUCGGAGCCGAAUAUAUCGGCCCAGGAAGCUUCGCGAUAUUGCAGCGCUGCGCGGCAGGAUGGGAGAAAGAAGCUCGAUAA